CCUCCUGCCGUUUCUGGUGAUCCUGUGUGUGGCGCUGUUUUCAUAUGCAGUUAGCACGGAAGCCAUUCUUUAUCCGAAUUCAGUUUGGUCAAUCGACUUUGUCUUUCAUAUCCCCGUUACAGCAUUCUGGUUGAUAUUUGGACAACUGGACUUUUUGGAAGAACUUGAAAGUAUGAUAACAUAAGAUGACCCAUUUACCUCAACGGAACGAGUAUUGGCUAGAAAUAUAAUCUCUCUCGACGUAACAUGGAUGAAAGCUUUCAUUUAAAAAGGCAACUAUAUAACCCGUAUUAUUGAAAGAAAGCAAGGUGCCUACGUUGCAUUUAAUCGCAGUUUGGUCAAUCGACUUUGUCCUUCAUAUCCCCGUAACAGCAUUCUGGUUGAUAUUUGGACAACUGGACUUUUUGGAAGAACUUGAAAACUGUUCCAAACCAAUAUGUCCUUCGAACAUUGGAAGAACAUAUGUUCCAUAUUUCACGGCAGUCUACAUGAUUAUGACCAACGUCUUGUUGCUGAACCUUUUGAUCGCACGAUUCAACCACAUUUUCGACGAAGUAAGAGGAAAAUCGGACGAAGUGUGGGCAAGGCAGAGGUGCAGUCUGAUGUUGGAAUAUGAAAGUAAACCACCCGUGCCUAUUCCAUUCUCAAUUGUCUGGAGAAUAUUUUCAAACCUUUGUUCCUGCCUGUGCAAUAGCAAGUGUGGGAAAAAGAAGCAACAGCCAGGUGACGAUAAGAAGGAUGUGACUGAAACCCUUCCGCAGGACGAUCACAACUACAACUGUGAUACACAGAUGACAGACUUAAACAUUCCAAGCAAUGAUGAAGUGGUCAGCUUAGACUAUGGCGAGGGCCAAGAGUGGAACGAACCACCCCAUCCAAUUCUUCCCGGCCAAUGCAACCUGUCCGAAACAGCAUCUGAAAAAGAUGGCAGUUGUCAUGACGACAUGGAGGCUGGAGAUGCAAUUAAUGAGGAAGGCGACAACGACCAGCAAUCAGAAGUUACUGAAAUUGACGGGACAAGCCAGGAUAGGGAAACUCAACUGGAUGACGAAGACGACCACCACCAGCAGACAGAGGAAGCUCAGCAACCUGAACACAGUGGUGCAGAAAAAGCUGAACAAGCAGACACAGGCAGUGAUCGGGAAGCUCAACAGGAAGAUCCUGAUGUCUACAAUCACAGCUUGGAGGCCCAGGCAGAUGACGACUCUGAUAGCUAUGACGAAGAAUACUAUGAGUAUACCUAUUCCUAUGAAACUGAUUCGGAAGUAUGUUCUGAUGACGACAUGGACAUGGGAUAUUAUCCAAGUGAAGAAGAAACUGAAACGCAGACAGACGAAAAUAGAAGAAGAGGAGACGUGAAUCUGGAUGAAUUCGAGAAGGCAAAUGCUGAACUUUACCUUCACGAAAGAGUGAACUGAUAAUAAGAUGAUUCUACAAAACUCGUGCUGCCAACUCGUACAAACUAGUACUUCGGAUGCAGCCAAUAACACUGAUAUAGCAGCUAAAUGUACAAGCGUUGCGAUAUAUGUACAUAUGAUACAGGCCGGAUGAACGUUCAGAUGGAGAGGUGAGGCUCUUAGGAUACCAUGUGUCCACCAUCACCAUCUUAGACGGGAAGCAUCGGCAACAGACAGUGUCCAAGACAGACCAUGUUCUUGACGGCCCAGUUUCACUGUAUCAACGUUGACCCGUAUGCAUGACCAACGUGCAACAUGACUGAUUGGAAGCAGUAUACCUCUGAUAUGUUGUAUUGUAGUCACAAGUCUCGGGAGAUAGCUCUCAUUUGUGUUAAUCCUUGACAAAUAUGCUGUUUUCGUUAUUAAAUUG